GUCAACACUAAGCGACUGUCUACGGUUUGUGUCUCGACUGCUGAGCUAACAGUUGCACCAGCCGUGUUUUGGUUUGGUUUUGCCUCUCAUGUGGAACUAUCAGGAGCUUUGGAGGCGAGUGUCAGCCUGGAUGAUGCAUCUCAAUGUACAACAAGUAGACGUUUAUAUGUAACAGUCAGCCUGCUCCAGAGGUUUAACAUAGUUUUUAUGUGUUUUUGAUAAUAUAUCGCUGCUAAUGAAAAUGAGUGACUUUUAUUUAGUCUCUGAAAACAAAUAUCCAGACAGUAUUAUUAUUAUCUUUUCAAUAUCUUAACAAUGUCUUAUCCAUUUAGUUAAAUACUAAAUAAAUACAUUUCAAAACUGUAUUUAGGGGUUAGUUUAUCUAUAUAUUUACUAAAGGAAAAAAAAAACAUUCACCCUUUCAUGUUCAUGGCAGCUGUAGCAGCAACAUCUUUAUGAUCAUGCAAUAUACUGACAGGUUAUAAUGUCUUAAAUAGUGAAACUUUGAGCUUGUGUUAAUGGAGCAGAAGCUGUCAGUAACAGAAUUGGCCCGCCAGUCAGUUCUCCUGUAAAUCAGGUCUGAUCCAUGACUGAGUACUACGAGGAGGGGGGGCUGCUGUACGAGCAAUCACCUCCCAUGCACAUCAAAGUGGAGUCACCGGAGGGACCCUUUGGAGGGGGAGCCUCGGAAAAUGGCUUCCCCAGGGACGAUGAUGACUCAGAGGGCAGCUGUGACCAGAACAGCUCAUUACCAGGAGGACUCCCCUUCAAUGUGGUAGUGGUGCAUCCAAACAUCAUGGCACCCGGCAUGUCCUCAGAUGACCUUUUGUCCAUUGAACAAAACAGAGUUAUGUCAGCUGCACUGGCUGCUGGCGGAGCAGGAAAAAGAAAAAGUCGUUUCAGCGGAGCAGAGCUUGAAGUGUUGGUGUCAGAAGUCACUCGGUGUGAGGGAGAACUCUUUGGUCCUGCAGGAAGACUUCGGAGGCGAGAGAGGGAGCGCAUCUGGGCAGGAAUCCUGGAAAGGGUCAACGCUGUGUCUAGAGUCCCACGUACUCUUCGAGAGGUAAAGAAGCGCUGGGACGAUUUAAAGAGGCGCAAUGGUGGGAGGCUGGCAGAUGCUCGCCAUCGCAGUUGUUACCUGCCAUCCAGCAGAGGGGCCUCAAUGCUCGGAUGUCCCUCUCAGCCAAGCCCAAGGCUUCAUCAAGCCAGACAAAAGCAAAACACAAGACCAAAACCAAGUUUCCCAUGCUUUGCCGACUCUGACACAGGUGUAGUAGUGGAUGGAUCAGAGAGGGAUGGUUUGGAAAAAGAUGACGAGAAUCCUGACCGUGAGAGAGAUGUUGGAGAACCUGACUGUGAGCCAGUGGAAAACAGUAUGGAGGAUAAAUUGGGUUUAGGACUUGGUUUGGGAAUAGGACCACCCCCUCCAUCAGAACGGUGGCUGCCUCCUUCCCCUCUCUAUAGCGCUCCAUUCCUCAAUGGCAGCCCUCAACCCAGCAGUCCCCAGCCAUCACUUGGAACACAACAAGGUCCUCUUGAAGCCCCUCCACGCAGCUCUUGGCUUGAAGAUGAGCUUCGAGGGUUGGGAGAAGCUGCAAUUCAGCUGGGAAAUCGAGUAGAAAAGAGUCUCCGGGAAUUUGGGGAAGGUUUCAGACAGGACAUGAGAACCCUUGUUGCUUCACAAGAGGCAUUAGCAGUCAGUCUCCAACAAAACAAUGUCCUCUUGCACAGGCUGUUGGGGGUGCUCGAGGCCCAGCAACAAUCACAGCCACAGCAACAUCGUGUGCAACAAGCGCACCCGUCACAAACACCUCAACAGCACUUGCAGCCACAGCCUGUUCAGCAGCAGCUACAGCACAUAGAACAACAACAACAGCAGCAACAGCGGAUUGAAACCCCACAACAGUCACAGAUUGGACAGCAACAAUCACAACAGCACCAAACUCAACUACAGCAGCAACCACAGGCCACCCAGCACUCCAAUAAUCACUCAGCUGUAGCCCUAGCUUCUGCACCAUCAUCCCCGUCAUCCCCAGAUAUACAUGGCACUUUUCCUUCAGAGCCAACCACAGGGACAAAUGGAAACGUACAGCGGCCACGGCGAGGAAGAGCUGUAGACCACCGGCGCAGAAGACGGCGCUGAUGAGAAUGUAUUUAAAAAAAAAACUGCUUAAAGUGCUUUUUUUAUGUUUUAAAAUGUGACCUGACACAAAGCUCUUUUUUUUAAAUCAAAGUACUUUUAAUAAUUUAUAGCGAUCCACCGUUUUACUUCUUUCUCCAAAUUUAUUAUCCAUUUCCCAGUUAGGUUUGUGUUCAAGAAGGACUGAAGCAGGAGGAUGAAAUAGACACAAGUUUAGAGGUGGCCUUAACAUUAUCUUAGUUUAUCAGAAAUGUGUACAUACGCUUGUCCUUAAAGACUUAAUGGAAAUAGUUGAUCGGUGGAGUGAUGCUUCACUCAUCAAUCUUUCGGUACCUAGAAGAAUGACAUACUGUAGAUGCAAAUCCUCAAUAUGCACGUGUCUCUACAUGAUUUGCAGCAGAGCAAAUCAUGCUGCUUUUUCUAGUUCAAUACCAGCUCAGUUCUAUGGCUAAACUAACCACAUUGUUAUAAAGUAUCUGUAAUCUGCAGUUGCUAUAGUUACGCUGCUAUUGUAAUUACCAGCUAAUGUAUGCUUAUGUUUUUGUUGUUUUAUUUUAAUUUUUUUAAUUUAUUUUUUUAUGCCUUUAACAAAUGGAAACAGGGAGAUGAGGAGGAUGAAAAUGACUUGCAGCAAGAGCUGUAACUUCAUCACUCAGGGGCAUCCGUGCCCCUUGCCAUUCGGCCAUUGAAUCACCUCAUGCCUGUGCAGUUUUGAAGAUUUCACAAUGCUUACUUGUCCAAAUUUUGGUUGGACUAUAAAGUUAGGCUUUGUUUUCAUCAGUGUAUUUUGAUAGUAUGAUAUUUUUAAAACAGUAAAACGUUUUGAAAGAUAUGU